AUGCGCCGAUUUGCUUCCCCUUUGGGCGGCGGCAGCCACUUUCUGCUUCGCUGCGUUGCGUCUGCUGCUGUGGUGCACAACGUGCCGCACGCCAAGUCAUCGGCGCAGUUGGGUACCCCCGUCACGAAGGAGGAGGUAGCGAAGGUGUUUAACACCCCUGCCGCCAUCCUCGCGCAGGUGCGCAGGCCGGCGGAGGUGCUCUUCGCAGAGCUCGACCUCGCACGCGUGCGCUUUGCCCCGCUGAUCGCCACGCUGGGCGCGGAGGAAGACGUCACGAAGAUUGCGACAGAAGUGAAGGCGGCGAAGACCGGCAAGGACGGUAGUGCGGCGACGGCGGCACGUAAGCCUGUGGCCGACGCAAAGCAAAAGUUUAAGAACACCGCGUGGAAAAGCAUUAAGGAACUCGUGACAUUUUACGAGGAGGUUAUGCUUCCUGCCCGUCUGGUGCACCUGGACUACAGCGUCCAUGAACUGAAUAGCUUUCAUAUCAAGGAUGACCUCAAGCGUGGUCUCUCCGCCUUCAAACAGGACCACCUCGACAAACAGAAGGUGGAGCUUGUAAAGGUGCAGAAGCAGAUGCAGGACUGCCAGGAGUUUAUUAAGAGUAUUGGCACGACGGCCUUCGACACCGCCAUUUGUAAUGAUAUUGCAAACAUUCUUCGCGUGUGUGGCGAACGCAACCCGUAUGCCCACCGCUUGGCCAUGCAGGUCUUGGAGGACAUGAACCUCGUCAGGGUUCCCUUCAACGAGGUGACAACGAAGAUGCUGCAAGCCAUCGUGUUUAACGACGGAGCCUUUGAUGACUCGGCGCUCAUGUUCACGUUGGUGGAGUACCCUGAGCGUGGGGAGGUGAGUGUGAGCCGGGAACCGGUGGAUAGGAUAGCAGAUGACACGCUGAAGAUCAUCAGUGCGCGGCAUCAGACGCCGCUGGACGACGGGGUGAAGCUGCACCAGAACGACACUCAGCCAUGCCUGCAGCGCUCGCUAGAGUAG